CACACGCAUGCACAAAUACGUGUUUCUUUUGCCCGGCCAUGAAUCCCUCGUAGACGCUCCGAGCCGCUGUUGUCAGGGCGAAUUAAUAGCGGUCUCACUCGCUGCUUUCCUCCCCCUGACCUUGCCCGCCUCCGGCUUGGCUCCUUAAUAUUUGAUCCGGGAUUCCGGCGCUGUCCAUCCAUGGCCACAUCGGAUGGACUAGACGGCUGUCUGCAGCGAGGCAGAUCUCAAAGUGACCCGAAUAUACUGACCGAACCGGGGAUCGAUUUGGCUCACGGCGCAGUAGAUGUGCUGGACCAGCAGAGGGUGCUAAGGACCGGCUGUCUGGUGACCGGCGUCCACACGCCUCCCAUCAGGCGGAACAGCAAGCUGGCCACACUGGGGCGUCUCUUCAAGCCCUGGAAGUGGAGGAAAAAGAAAAAUGAAAAACUUAAACAGAGUUCCACAGAUGUAGCAUUAUCCAGCGGCCUUCUCUACCACGACCCAAACUCUCACAGCCAGGGCUGUUGUUCAGAUGGAACACUCCUGCUUGGUGGAUUCGGGGGACCUUUGAACUCAAACUUGACUGUCAGCAGUGUGGAAUACCUUGGUCCAGAAGUAGACCAUCCCCUUCCAGUGGUCGCCCCCAUCCAGGACUGCGAGUGUCUGGAGGAAACUGUAAAUGUGGCACUUAGAGAUGAGGAAGGAGACCAAGAGGCGCACCCUGUUGGGGAGUUAUCCGAUAGCCUACAGGAUGUCAGAGAGCGGAUGGAAGAAAAACCAGAGGAGGAGAUUGCUCCAGGAACAUCUACACCACAAGUACCUCCAAAACUUUUGCCGCAGCUAACAAGUGGAGACGAUUCAGGCCUUGUGUCACUGCCUCUCCAUCAUCCUAACUCCUACCAUCCAAAGGAGCCUUUGCCCAGGCCACAAGAGAGCCUGGUGCCCAUAACCAUGCCCCUACGUGGGCCCCUGGCUAACUCCUCAGGGUCUCCUCACCUUGGCAAUAUGAUUCACCCCCCUAUGCCUCCAAGUUGCAUUAUGGAGGAACUCCAAAGAGCGUUCGCCACCAAGAACAGACAGGAGAGUGUGCAUGAAGGGUGUGAGCAGGCCUCAUCACCACCACGGCUUUGGUGCUCGGACGGACGCCUCUCUCGCUCCUGUAGCUCAGAAAACCAACACACAUCGUCUAUAGCUGGCAUGUGUGUUGGAGGUGGCGGCUCUGACUGGCCCAAGAAGGAGGCGGAGGAGAACAAGGAGAAUGUGCGGCUGGACCAGUGCUUCUCCAACACAUCUGGCCUCCCCACCGACUUGGACGGAUGGAAUGACUCUGUCAUCUCUGGUACACUUCCUCGCAGGUUAAGAAAGGAGUUACUGGCCGUCAAACUACGAAACAGGCCCACCAAGCAGGAGCUCGAAGAUCGGAACAUCUUCCCUGCAAGGAGCGACCAGGAGCGCCAGGAAAUACGGCAGCAGAUUGAGAUGAAGCUUGCUAAGAGGCUGAGCCAGAGACCCAACGUGGAAGAGCUGGAGAGUCGGAACAUUCUGAAACAGAGAAAUGACCAGACAGAACAAGAGGAGAGGAGAGAGAUAAAGCAGAGGCUAAACAGAAAGCUAAACCAGCGGCCUACAGUAGAUGAGCUUCGUGACAGAAAGAUUUUGAUCCGCUUCAGUGACUAUGUGGAAGUGGCUAAAGCUCAGGACUAUGACAGGAGAGCAGACAAGCCCUGGACGCGCCUUUCAGCAGCAGACAAGGCUGCCAUUCGUAAAGAACUGAAUGAGUUCAAAAGCACUGAGAUGGAAGUACACGCAUCCAGCAAACACCUUACGAGGUUCCAUCGGCCAUGAGAGCAAGGAGUUUCUUCUGUGAAGAAAUAUUUUGAAUGUGCUGAGUGUCGACAAGCCUAGAGCCUCAUCAGCAAGUCACUCUUCCUCCUUGGACAGGAGAUGAUGCUAGCAGCUUCGUGUUCAGGAGACUGCUGACCUUUCCAGAUGGCAGCAAGUUGGUAGGGCACGGAAAUAUCGGGCCCAAUUCCCAAUGAGGGAAAAACGAGUUUAGUCAAUGAGUCAAUGUUGUUUUUUUGUACCGUUUCAUGGACAUAAGUCUAGUAAGAAGACUGUGCAUGUGGCCACCUUUUCUUAACUGCUGAAUAACGUGUCACUUGACCUGGGAUGGAUUUGAUAUUCACUGUACAUACCGUAUGUAAACGUCUGUAAAGAGAACCUUUGUAAGAUGACUCUUCAAAAUACAGUCUUUUCUUAAAAAAAAAAAAAAAAAAAGGCUCAUUUACUUUGUCAAACUUGUUUUUUUAAAGGAACUGAAAAUCUGAACUUCAAUGGAUUUGUUAGAAAACUUUAAUGAAUUUGUAAGAAAACAUAAAAUUUUCUUCUAGAAUUCAUGUUUUGGGUAAAAUGUCACAUUACUAAAUCAUGCCAAAUUACAAAUACAAAUGACUAAUUUAAUGCAAAAAUCUGAAAAACUUGGGUUACAAACUAGUAUGCAAGUUUAUCUUUAGAGAACAAGUUUUAAUACAAAUAAUUGAACAUCGAAUUAAAACAAAUAACUUCUUUCAAUUGAUAUUCAUGGAUGCAGAGGUCUCAAAUCUUCCAUUGUCCUCUUUGCUGCAAAAUGAUAACAAGCAGAAUAAAAUGGAUGAUGGUUGCAGACAACCACUUUCCUGGCAAACCAGCCUGACAUUCGUCAUGUACACAAUACAAUGCAAGUCAGUCUGGUCUUCUGUGGUUUGAAUUGGAAACCACAUAAAUAAAUCAAAUUGAUAAACUGAUGAAGAAUAAAAAAAAUAAAACAAUAAAUUGAAUAAGACUGACUUUCCAUGUAUCUUGAACAUGGCUAAAGUCAGGCUGUGUUGCCAGGCUAGACCACCACAAUGUAUCUCUCUUUGACAUCUAGGUCAGGAGCGCCCAACCAGUCAACUGCAAAUGAGUGAUUUUUUUGUUGCUCAUUGUUAAGUUACAGUAUGUACUCAUUAAGAAUGUACAUUUAGUAGAAGUGCUGCACUGAUAUUGGGGACAUUGCCAUCAAAGUAAAAUAAUUUGAAAUGGAAGGCUGCUCUCCUGAGGAUGAGUUUCUGACAUUGAGAUCAAAGCUAGAUCAACAACUCCUCAACCUUACGAGCAAGUAAUCUUCUGGAAACUACUGGUGGAGAAGCACCACAUUUUCAGAAGACGGGCAUUGAUUAGGUGCCUUGAUCCUGACAGCUAAUACUGCAAGCUGGAGAAGAUGCAAGUGGUUUGCAAUGUUGACACUGAAUGGGCAGAUUUUGGGGGACCGGAGACGGUACUUGAAAAUACACCUUGAAUCAAAAAAGGUUGAACACUCCUGUUCUUCUCAUAUAUUUUUAUAUGCAAUUGGACAAAGGAAUGUCAAUAUUUUUCUAAUACUGUAAAUAGGUAAUAUUCAACAACUUUUUGUAUUACAAAUGUGACUUAUGUUGUAAAAUAACUAAAAAUAAUGUGAACGAGACAAAAUUUAAGAGGAAUCAAACUCGUGUAAAAAUAAAUUAUCAUUGCAAUGUCUACUUGCCAUUGUUCUGAGGAGGCGCGCCUGGACUGACUCCAUGUCUUUUUUAAGAUGAGCCAUCUGCAAACAAUGAAAGUCAGUCAUGGAGUGCGGAAGCCACCCAGCAACACACCCACAGGCGCAAUAUGACACACAGAGGGCACAAUUUGAUCAAUGAGGUAAAGACAAGAUAAAAACGUUGCAAAGGUAUCAGCGCAUAAAUGAUGAGACACAGCUGACAGAUUAUAUGAAAAUUGCUUCAGACCUGGGAUAUGAAUAAUUGCUCGUCGUACUUAUGGCUCAAACGCAGGUCUCUCAGGGUUCUCUUCAGGACCGCUAUGCUAGAUAGAAAAAUCAACACAUUAGAAAUAAGGUAGGUUUCUGAGAGACUAGGGAUUUUACAGUGUCUUGAAUCAUAUCAGAAAUCACAGCACUGCAGCACAAACUAUUACACAUUUGGAUUGGCCAGUAUGCCGAACAAUGACUCAUGAACUGGACAUCCCGAUUUUGUUUUGAUAUGUAUGUCGACCAUUGCCCCGGGAAGUAGCUUCAUAAAAUUUGUCAUUUUGGAAAGGGCUAUGAAAACGCAGCAAAAAAUUUGUGUCUACUUUAAAUUCUUGAGGUUUGGGGAACACACUCAGUUGCACAUAGCAACAUUAGAUGAUUAAAAAGAAAUCAUUUUAACUUGGGUUAAAAAGUAUGAUAUGUGGGCUUUAAGUGAAACGGAAUAUUAUUUUUUCAUAUGUUCAUUUUUUUAUCAAAGAAACAAUAGAUGUUACCCAAAAAAAUAAUCAUUCAAUAAAAAUUUCAGUAGAAUACCUAAACACUAAAAUAAUCAAAAGCUGCAGCCCUACUAA